UUGGAGAAGCUCACUGAUUUCCAUAGGGCUCACAAGUAUGCACAGAAUGUUUGAAAAUAUUGAUGUUUCAAAGUUAGAACUGGAAAAUAUGUCAGGCUAACCUGUCAACAUACACAUUCAAGGUGUGCUUAAGAUUUGUUGAGGUUCUGAUAGGCCCAGCAGUCUCAAAUUAGAUCUGGGCCAUAUUUAUAGUGGUGUCUGCAGUGUAAGUGUGAAGAGAAAAAUUUACACAAACGUAUUAAAAAUUCAUGGAACAGCUAGAGCUGGCUGGAUGUAACAUUACUAUGGUGAGCAGUGGAGGUCAUUACCUACACCCUUGCAUGGAAAUAUAAAGUAAAUGCCAUUUAAAGAGUAGUGCACUCAUCAGUCUUGCUCCUCCCUGUCAGGAGUUAGGAUGAUGGAUUAGGCCUACCCCUUCCUCAGUUGGUAUUUUCCACAUGCGUUGGAACUGAUUUUAAUUCCCCCAACAGCUGCUGGAGUAGGGCCAUUAUUUUACAGUACAUCCCUCUAUCUACAUUUAAAAAAAACUUGUAAAUCCAGCAUACACAUGGAGAUGUCAUCUAAUAAUGCAAAACUGGUUGAACUGAAACAGCAAAACACCCUCCAACAAAUGGAGAUGGUUCAUAAAGUAAGUCGGGAGUUAUUUUUGAGGACUCCAGGCUACCAGCCCUCAAGUGUCUCUAUGGUAUCAAGCAGGAUUGUCAGGCGACUAAUAUCUGAUCCCCGGAGAUUUUAGAACCCAAGAAAGGCAUUACAGAGGCUGGGCUGGCAAGGUUUGCGGGGCGGCCUGCAACCGCUUUCGGACAAGCAGACUGAAAUGGGUGAAAACAGGGCUCCGGGUACAGGGACGCAUUUCUUCGGAAGGGGCUCGGAGAAGUGGAGCAAUUCCUCAAAACUUCCUCCGGCGCCCUAAAAUGCCCAGCUGUGUUCCUCACGAUCCAUGCGAGUAAUCGGGACAGGGGCCCCUAGGGAGGCAGGCAGAGGGGCGCGUGAGGGGGUUCUUUCUGCCCACCUGUGACGCCCUCCGGGGUUUACUCGGCGCCCUUUGCUCGCGCGGGCAGGCCGUGGGCACCGCGAGCCCUCCCGAGGAGGAGGUCUUGCCGAGGUCCCCUCUGCGUCACAAACCCACGGUGUUGCGCAUGCGCCCACAGCUGCCCUCCCUUCUUCGCCCUGUACAGCAGGGCAAUCCGAGACAUAAACAAACUCCGCCAGCAGGCGCCUGAGGCGGGCAAGUCCACGCGCUGUUCCCUUCGGAGCUCCUCCGUCUCUCUUUUCUCGUCCUCGAACUCCGCGCUGCCGUUGGCGCCCCGCGCGAGCCUCCUAACGGCCGCCACGUCCCGAACCUUUUCCUAGACGCCGGCCGCUUCCCUGCGCUCUGCCUCCCUGAGGCCGCAACCGUCGCCCCUGGCGCGCCCCCACCUCGCGCCCCGGCGAGUGGCACUUCGGUUUGGAAAGGCGAAGACACCUUGAAUCUCAAAGGUCUGCAUUCAGACAUCUCCAAUGGUGAAAUGGCUUCCGCAGUGAUUAGUUCGGUACCUACUACAGCAUCGAGGUUUGCUCUUCUACAAGUGGAUAGCGGUAGUGGUUCUGAUUCAGAAUCUGGAAAGGGAAGAAGUGGUCGGAGUGGUAGAAAGUCUCAAACAUCAGGUAGCAAGUCAAGCACAAAUGAGAAGAAAAAAGAAAAGAGAAGAAAAAAGAAGGAACAGCAGCAGAGUGAAGCAAAUGAGCUCAGAAAUCUCGCUUUUAAAAAGAUUCCUCAGAAAACUUCCCAUGGAACCUGUUUGUCUCAGCAUGACCAAGUAUUAAACAAUUCUGCACGUAAAGACUUUCAGGAAGAGAACUGGCAAGAGUGGAGGCAAAGAGAUGAGCAAUUGACUUCUGAAAUGUUUGAAGCAGACCUUGAAAAAGCUUUACUUCUAAGCAAACUGGAAUAUGAAGAACACAGAAAGGAAUAUGAAAACAUUGAAAAUGCUUCUCCUCCAUCAAAGGCUGUACACAAGAAGGAGAAACGGAAAUAUCAUCAGGGAAAAGACAAGCCUCCCACUGUGUCAUUAAAAGAUUUUCAGUCGGAUAGUAACAUAGAUCACCUUCCCAAAAAGCAGGAGGAAUUGAGCUCCUCACAUACUGUCCUACAUGAUGGUGAAUUCUUCAAUAGACUAGAGGAUGAUGUGCAUAAAAUACUUACUCGAGAAAAAAGAAGAGAGCAUGUCACAGACAGUGGGAUGGAUAACAGUACACCUCGUGACAACACACAGGAUUUUUUCCUAAAAGAUGGAAGAAUAGAGAGACUCAAGCUGGAACUUGAAAAGAAAGAUGCAGAAAUCCAGCACUUAAAGAAUAUAAUCACUCAAUGGGAAGCAAAGUAUAAAGAAGUAAAAGCACGAAAUGCACAGCUGUUGAAAAUGCUACAAGAAGGUGAAAUGAAAGAUAAAGCUGAAAUACUACUUCAAGUUGAUGAAUCCCAGAGUAUUAAGAAUGAGCUGACUUUACAGGUUACCAGUCUUCAUGCUGCACUGGAACAAGAAAGAUCUAAAGUGAAAUUACUGCAAGCAGAAUUGACAAAGUAUCAGGGUGGAAGAAAAGGGAAAAGAAAUUCAGAGUCUGAGCAGUGCAGGUGAUUACAUUUGCAGCUGAUAUGGAG